AUGAACGCGACCGAGUUCGACGAACUUCGACGAAAGGUGCAGAUGCAGACGGCGUCGCGUCGGUAUCGUAAGCGCAAAAAGGAGAUAAGUCGUCACAAAACGAUGCGACUUCAGAGACUUCAGGUAGAGCUCUCGCGUCUGCAAGAUCGGGAGGCACAGAUGAAAAAGUACCAGCAGCACUCGGUCGAGUCGCUACAGCAAGAGCUGGAGAUGCACCAAGACGAAGUGGCCAAUCUCUCGUGCAAAGUGGAAGCUGCCACUAGCAGCGAGAGGGACUGGAUCACUGCGAUGAGCAAGUAUCUCCAUAAGUGA